AUGAAUUCGGGACGCCAGCCCCGGACACCCUUCAGCAUCGCGGACAUCCUGGGCCCACGCGUGGCCCCCAGAUCACCUUCUGCGCCGCAGCUCCCAGCGCCGGGCCCCGACCCUGCAUCGCCGCUGUGCGCGCUGGAGGAGCUGACCAGUAAAACCUUCCGCGGACUGGACGGGCGCGGGCCCCCGCGACCCUCUGAAGGCCAGGCCGCCCGAGACCCGCUGGACCCUGGUUCUACGGCCCGCAGAAGGCGCAAGACACGCACUGCGUUCACUGCACAGCAGGUGCUGGAGCUGGAGCGGCGAUUCUUUUUCCAAAAGUACUUGGCACCUUCAGAACGUGACGGACUGGCUGCUCGACUCGGCCUGGCCAACGCGCAGGUUGUCACUUGGUUCCAAAACCGCCGUGCCAAGUUCAAGCGUGACGUGGAGGAGAUGCGUGCCGAUGUGGCCUCGCUCCACGCCUUGCCACCUGGAGUUCUGUGCCGUCUAGCGCUGCCCAGUGGUGUGCCGAGCCCUGGCCCCCGCCCCAAUGGAACCGACUCCGGGGCCCACUUAUCAGACGAAGAGAUACAGGUAGAUGACUGA